UGGGCGGACAGCGGCGGGUAGGAGUGGCCGCGGAGGUUGCAGUGACUGGCGGACUCCCAGUCGGCGGCUUGCGGCAGCGUCGACACUUCCUGUCAGCCGCUCGAUCAGAUCAGAGCCGAAGCGAGGGCGGAGGAGGCGAGGCGCGGAGUGGAGCGGGAUGGCAGAGAACAGCUCCGAGACAAGCGGCUCCAUUCACCGGAGAUGUCCGACCCAUUCUUCCCCUGGGGUCGGAGCCUCCAAGUGGAUCCGGCUAAAUGUCGGAGGGACGUAUUUUCUAACGACGAGGCAGACGCUGUGCCGAGACCCGAAAUCCUUUCUGUUCAGGCUGAGCCAGGCUGAUCCGGAGCUCGAUUCCGACAAGGAUGAAACUGGUGCCUAUCUCAUUGACAGAGACCCCACGUACUUCGGCCCAGUGCUGAACUACCUGAGGCAUGGCAAACUGGUGCUCAACCGGGACUUGGCGGAGGAAGGAGUUUUGGAGGAAGCCGAGUUCUACAACAUCACAUCAUUAAUAAAACUCAUCAAGGACAAGAUCAGGGAACGGGACUGCAAAACAUCACAGGUUCCGGUGAAGCAUGUGUACCGGGUUCUGCAGUGCCAGGAGGAGGAGCUGACCCAGAUGGUGUCCACCAUGUCUGACGGCUGGAAGUUCGAGCAGCUUGUCAGUAUAGGUUACGGGCGGGCCCACCAGGCAGAGUAUCUGCUGAUUGUGUCAAGGGAGGUGAAGGGAGAGGAGUCUGCUUUGCCAAACAACAGCGGAGAGCUGGUCAGCAUCGGCUCCUCCUAUAACUACGGAAACGAAGACCAGGCCGAGUUCCUGUGCGUGGUUUCCAAGGAGCUGCACAACCAGUCGUACGGGACCAACAGCGAGCCCAGCGAGAAGGCAAAGAUCCUGCAGGAGCGGGGAUCCCGGAUGUGAGGCGGCCUCAGUAUUAGGAGCUCCAGGUGUUUUCAUCAUAUCUGUGGAAGAGCAUUGAGCACAAACAGUUUUUGGGUUGGCGCUGUGCAUUUAUUCGUCUUCCCUUCACUUCUUCUGUUUUUAUUUCUCCAUGUAAAUAAGUCUGUUUACUGACAAGUCGUGCCUGUACAUUUAAACUGGACCUUUUUGCUUAUUUUGAAUUGGCGGCAAGUUUUUUUUUUUUUUUUUUUCCUUAUCUGAAAGUGAGGAAAUGUAAUCGACUGUUUUAUGCUAUAAAAUAUGGCCGCCAUCAUUUAGGGCCAACGAGUCACUCAGGGUCAUCUGAUGAGUUUCUGUCUUUCACCUGGAGGCUCCAGUAAGGGAUCAGUUUGGUUUUUAACACCAAGUAUGACAGGAAAUCAAUGCUUGGAGGGUCAAGAAGGGAAUUUUGAACCACAAAGAGCGAGUUCAGCCUGUUGGACGCUAAUCAAACGUUUAUCCAAAGAUCUCUAGUCUGAGCUCACCGGGUCCCAGGGAUUAUUAUUCCACUCUUAUUAUCAACAUGAAGAAAACGAAGGAGUCGCUGUGAUGUGGCUGCGGAGGUAAAGGGGCAUUACACCCAAAACUCCCUGUUGCAUCAGGAUCUCCACACAUUGGGUCGGUUAGGAACCGUCUUCGGGUCCAGAUCCAUUAGUGAGCGUGGGCCGGUAGGACACCAUUUUUAAAAAUUAUUUUUCUUUUUGACACCUUUAUUUUUUAUUUCUGUUUUUAUUUUUGAUUUCUUCAUUUUUCUACUUUUUUAACUCUUAAUUUUUCAUUUAAUUUGACCUCUAUUUGUUUUUUUGCCUGAAUUCUUUGGAUUUAUUUGUAUUUAUUUUAUGUAUUUUGGUGACUUAAUUAUUUAGAUGAUGCCAGUUCCACAAAGAAAAAAAUCUGAUUUGAUUUCAGUCAUCUUAUUUAAAAGUAAAUAAAUUAUUUUGCUUCUGAAAUAGUUUUUAUAGUUAUGUUAUCUGUAAAAUUUGUAUUGAUUAUUAUAAAAAGACUCUUAACAAAACUACUAAACUCCCAACAAAUGAAAGCACUUAAUUUCAAUAAUACAUUUUUAUUAUUAUUCCUUUACAUCUUGAGAUGUCAAAUGCUACAAAAGUCUAAAAACAAAACAAAAAAAAAACGGUUACAAUAAAUAUUUUAAAAUAUGUUAAGAAACAAAUGUCUUAAGACAGUAAUGUUUUAUGUUAUUAUGUUAUUUAAUGUAGUCAACAAGCUAGCACUAGCUAAUCAGUGAGGCUAACGAGCUAGCCUGCAGCCUGCUGCUUUACGAACUCGUUAACUUCAGUUUUCAGCCAUUACAUUGAUGAAUUAUUUUAAAGCUUUUUGAGCAUUUUUUGACCGGCCCAUUCCUGCACCAAUGGAUCAGAACCGACUCGGUUUCAUUGCUAAACAUGUCAGCAGUGGAGAUGCAAGAGUUUUUUGUAGCAAACCUUUAACUGUUUGGUUUAGAUAAAUUUAACAAAAUUUUCCACAAUUUUUAAAUGAACUGCCAAAAAAAUUUAAAUGUGAAUUAUUUUAUGCAUAUUUUUAUUUUUAUUCAGUCCAGCAAUUAUCAACCUGUUUAGGAAAGUGACAGUAAAUGUUCUCUCUCCAGUGAUGUUAGAUUUUUUUCUGUUGUUGUUUUAGUUUUUACUGGGAUUUUUUUUGUUUGGACUGGAAGCGUGAAGGACUUCCUUCAUAUCGAGAUCAUUUAGUUUCCAUGUAAAUAACCCAAACUCCUUCGUAUUUAACUCUUUUAAGGAUAAAGCUGCACGUUUUGUACACUGUAUAGAGAACCGACUUCAGAGGGAAGUUGUUUCUACUGGAUCUUUGGUUAAAAACUAAAAAAUUAAAUGAAGCGGAUCGUUAAGUUGCUGAAAAUGGAUCUUUCUCUGAGACGUUUUGAUAACCAAUAACAAAGCUAAACUUGGCUGGCUAUGAAAUUGACUGUUACAUUUGAAAACAUGUUUUUCCUCUUCUUCAGUGUGAUAUUUAGCGUUUUGAAUGAUCAGUUUCCAAACAGGAUUAGAAGCACUAACAGUGGGAGACACUGUGCACUCUGCUUACAGCCUGCAAUGAUGUAAAUACUACAUUGUCGAACACUUUUUUAAGUUGUUUCAAGUUUGAUAUGUUUGUUUAUAUAUAUAUCUAUAUAGAUAUAAAAAUAUCUAUAUAGAUAUAUAUUGAUUUAUAUAGGUUGGAUAUUUCAUUCACAAAUAAUCAUUUAGUGUUGCCUUUUUUUUCCCAGUGACCAAAAUCCAAUGUCUUAUGUGUAAUUCAGACAUUGAGGGACAAGUAAACAUUUCUUAAUGCUGGCACACGUUGUACAUAGACUUGUUAACGACUCACGAACCUCCAUCUAAUCACACACACACUCAAUUAAACCAGUUUUUAUAUCGUCAGAACGAGUAUGGAUGCAUGUUUUUUGAACUAGAUAAAUAUAUAUAUGUAUAAACACAUGUAUAAACACACAAGGGCUUUUAAAGUGUAAAAGUUGGGCUGUGCAGAGAGGUUUUAAUCAGAGUAGACUGGAUUUCCUGCCAGAGCUAGGCUAUGUUUACAUUUGCUGUAGUAUUCUGAAGCCUUCCAGUUAACGUCUUUGCACUCCGAUCGCUCACGUUAACCGACGUAACGACCAACUUCCACUCCUGCUGUCCGUUCCUGACUGCCACGCUGCAAAACCGUCACCGAGGAGGUUUGGUCUAAUGUCUGCCACAAAUACCUCAAAGCACAUGAAACGACACUAAAGUGACUAACAAGGAGCUUUUACGUCAUAUAGCAGCUUGUUUUAAUUUAAUUCCUUAACAUUGAUCAAAAGUUGCAGGUUCACUAGCAGAUUAUUUCACUGAUGGUAAAAUGUUUGGUUGAACAUGGAAGAAUCUGCCAGUAGAUUUCUCUAAUCCUAUUGGUGAAAAGUUGCUUAAAGAUGGUCUUGAUUUAUUUGAAAGAAAUAAAAAUCCUCUUAUUUCGUUAAUCCGUCUUAUUCGACCGUAUAUUCUGUUAUCGUAAAAAAAUCGCUAGUUAUCAGUGAAAUCUACAUUUUUCCCCCACAUCUUUUCCACUAUGGGUAUUUGUGUGUUUUGAGACAAAUCAGGUGAAAUAGAAAAACAUGCAGUUAAAAGCGUUAAGUAAAUAAUUCCUUAGUUUCACCUGCAGAUUGUCACGUGGAAAAAUGUCCCGAAUCAUCAGUUUCAUCAAUAUUAGGAAAUUAUUAACUUAAAGCAAGCGCCUAUAUCUCGCUGACAAAUGACUUGAGUUAGGUUUCUUAUUUCAAGUGUACCCAGAUAUUUUGUCUAGAAAUUAGACCAAAACUACUUGGUAAGAUUUUCUGUUUUUGCAGUGCAAUUUGUUUUCCUCUGGUAGAAAUAAACGUCAUGUAUCUCGUUUUUCACUGAGCUAAAGCCGGUAAGGUUUAUUAUAUCUUUAGUGAUUUAAAAGUUUAUGUUUUUGGUUAUAUAAAAACAUUUAAUGCAUUCUACUUUGCGGUUAUUGAAGCUGUCAUAAGUAACUUUUGUAAAAAAAAAUGUAUAUAUAUAUUUUUUGUACAUAUUUGUUAGAACUCACUGUGUUGUGACAGUUUGGUGUGAAUUAAUCUGUGAAUUUUUUUUAGCUCCUCUGCCUUCUCCCAAUGUUAACUGGAAGCAACCAAUCAGAAGCAGGAGGCGGGUCUUAGCGCUGCAAAUCAGCUCGUCAAUGCUAUGCUAGUUAACUUAGCAACUGAUAACAGUGGAAAAUUUGUUUUUCUGUAACAGUGAGUUGUAAGAACAUUUAAAUGCACAUUCACAGGUUGAUUGACAGCACUAAGCCCCUCCUCCAGGCUCUGAUUGGUUGUUUUUAGUUGGGAGUGGUACGCUCUUUCAGAUGGCAAUAAUAGCUCAGGGAGGAGAUCAAAGUUUUCACAGAUUAUCUGACAACAUGGUGUAAGUUUUAAUAAAUAUGUAAAAUGCUUAGAAAAGUUACGUACUGCGGCUUUAAGCCCCGCCUCCUUCAGUCUUUAGUAUCCAACAUUAAUUAUCAUUCAUCUGAUGGACAAACUUAUCAAAUCUGUAGCUGAAUAUUUUUAAGUGCCCAGUUUGUUUUGCAUUGGAGUCACAGACACCGUAAUGCAUGACUGACCGUCACCGAUUCCAGUCAGUGGGACUGAAUGUCAUUUCUUCCUCCGGCUGCAUCAACCAACAUGGUUCUCAUAUCACUACAUGGAUCACUUCUAUAUGAUCUUAUGCAAUGUUAAUGUACAAAUUAAGUAUGAGGGGAUUAAAGAUAGAUCUAUACGGUCUUGCAUAAGUAAACCCAAUAAAAAAGUUGUCAUUCAUAA